AUGCAAGCUCAAGGUCUAGUUUUAUUAGAUACAUCGAUUAACUCGUACUCGAAGGUCAUCUGGAUUACUUCAACAGCUACUACGGCUGGAGCAAUCAUUCAUGUGGCAUCUACAACAAUAGGAAUCAGUUGGUCAAUACAGAUGUUAGACUUCAUUAAUACAGGGAACUUAGGAGCGCAAGGAUGUUCGACAAGUGGUUCUACACCACUUACCGAACCUACAGUUCCCAUAAAUGCCUGGACUCAUGUAGCUAUUACUUAUGAAAGUUCGAAUGGACUCCGUUUAUGGAUGAAUGGUACACUGUUUGUUGCAUCAGCUUCGUCCUGUAAUUAUAGUGCUACCGAUGUCCCUGUUACUCUCACAAUGGAUGCAUCUCUAAGUAGUGCUGCUGGUUCAUGUACUGCCGGUAUAAUCACGACAGGACAAUAUUUUGGCUUUCUAGAUGAAUUUAAAUUGUUCUCAAGAGAGCUAUCAUUGACUGAAGUAUCGAGUCUUGUUAAUCCAUAA